AUGAUCCGCCGUCAGAUUCGCGAACGCCGCCAAUAUAUCUACGCGAAGUCUCUGGAAGCUCAAGAGCGCCAAACAUAUGAGCGGAAGCAGCAGCUGAAGGAUGCUCUGGCUACGGGAAAGGCUCUUCCAACAGAGCUCAGGAAGGAUGCGCCGAAUCUUGGCAACGACCUGGCUUUUGAUGAGGCUCAGACUGACCCCACUUCCCAUGUUGACAAUGAGUACUCCCGCGCGGGUAUGCAGGACCCGAAGAUUAUCGUCACGACGUCCCGCGAUCCCAGUUCCAAGUUGAUGCAGUUCGCCAAAGAAAUGCGCCUCGUGUUCCCUAACUCACACCGAAUUAACCGUGGAAACUACGUCGUGAAAGAGUUGGCAGAGGCUUGCAGAGCGAAUGAUGUAACAGACCUGGUAGUUCUGCAUGAACAUCGCGGCACACCUGACGCAAUGAUUGUCUCGCAUUUUCCACAUGGCCCUACAGUGUACUUCACACUCCACAAUGUCACGCUUCGGCACGAUAUCAACUCGUACAAGGAGUCCACUGUCUCUGAGCAGUACCCUCAUCUCAUCUUCGAGAACUUCAGUUCUAAACUCGGAGAGAGAAUUGGAGAUGUACUGAAGUACCUCUUUCCUGUUCCGAAAGAGGAUAGCAAGCGUGUGAUGACCUUCUCAAAUGAAGACGACUUCAUCUCAUUCAGGCAUCAUGUUUUCUUGAAGAUACCUCCACGACAAAUACAGCUUGCAGAAGUCGGACCUCGCUUUGAGAUGAAACCAUAUGAGAUUCGCCAGGGAACUAUCGAGCAAACAGAAGCAGAGCGGGAAUGGGUAUUAGCGCAUUACUCAAGGACGGCAAAGAAGCGCUCGCUGUUGAGCGGGCCUGCUCCACGUCCUUCUACGACGAAUGAAGACUCCGAGCCGAACCCGAAGAAGCGGAGACAGCGGUAG